AUGAAUAGAGAGGAUUUAGCCAUUUAUCCAUUUACUCCAUAAUUUUAGACUAUUUACAAUCCAACCCUUGUCCAUCCAAUGAGUGCUUUUAUUUCUCGACAAUCUUACAGAAACAAUUAAUUAUAACGAAACAAAUUAAAUAAGUUAAAUGUUGAAAAUUUAUAUCCUAAAAGACAACAUGAUUAAAGACAUAUCUCUUUACCUAGAGCUUUAUAAGCAGUUAAAAAAUAAUAAAUUGAAUGUAUAAUUAAAUUUCAUAUCUAAGAAUAGAGAAAAGUGUCUUUAUAUAAGGAAACAACAGUAAGUUUAGCAUAUUCAGAUUCAAAAAAUGAUGAUUCAAUCGUCCAAAAAAUAGAUAAAUUUUAAAAUUUAUAAAAUACUUAAUUAGGAACUUAACCAGAUCUUGUUGAAGAUAAAAAAACAAUAAUAAUAGACUUAAGAAAAUCUUUCUCUAAAGUCAAUGGAAACAAUAAAACUAAAACUGUAUUAAACAAUAUUUUAGGAGUAUAAUAAAAACGAAAUGAUAAUGAAAAUGAAUAUUUCAUCUCAAUUAUGGGUUUAUAAAUUAAAGCCUCCAAAUUGUAAGAACAAUCAUUUGUAAGAACUAAAGCUCAUUCUUAAGAAAAGGAAAGGGAAUAAACAAAAUAAUCUAUAGAAAUAAGAGAAAGCAUUACACGAUCUGUUCAAAGAAGAAGAGAAUCCCCUUAAAGUAAAAUUAAAAAUGUCUCAUAAUAAAGCAUGAGAAAUAAUUAAAAUUUUAGAUUUUCAUUGAAUGAAUACGCAAGUUUGAGCAGAGAUCAACUUUUCUAAAUAAAACUCUUGAAUUAUCAUUACUUUUUAUUUAUGGUAUCAACACAAAGCAAUUUUUAUGUAGUUCCAUCCAAUAAUUAAAUUGAAUUAUAAUUUAAAGUUGGAAAAGGAAACAACAGUUUAUUGAUCAAAGAAACAUUUAAAUAAAGAUGGUGGUGGACAUUAAAUUAAGAAUCAGAAAAUAAGGAAUUAAAUUUUAUUUGGACUUAAAUUAAAGUACCUUAAUACAUGAAUCUAUAAGAAUGGAGUAAGGAAUCCAUCUAAAUUUUUAAAAAGUCUGUAUCAACUAUAUCAGCUGAUAUAAAAAGACCAAAAAAACUAUAAUCUCCUUAAUCGUAAAAAAAAACUUCAAGAUUUGGAAAAUUUGAUGAUCCUUUACAAAAAAUAAUGAGUGAUUAGGACAUUAAUGAACUAAAAAGUAUAGAUAAAUCAGUUUAAGGUUUUUUAAAAUUUGCUGAAAAAAGAGGAUUAAAAAUUAUAGAAAAUAUUGAUAAAGUAUAUCAUUAUAUUAAUUUAGAUUCAUAAUCAUAUUGAAAGAAACUACCAUCUUGGUAAUAAAAAAGCAAUGUUUCAUAAUAUGAAAAAGUAUUACGAAUUGACAAAACAAGACUUGUUUUAACAUUUACCAGUCACAUUUCAUGUAUCAGGAGUAAGAGAUAAAUCAUAUUCAUAAUUUUUGGAAUAUUAUAAAGAAAAGUAUAUUUAAUUAUUUAUAAGGAAGGGAAACGGUAUUUGGAUUGUAAAACCAGGAGAAUUUACUAAUAGAGGAAAUGGAAUUAUUGUUUGCCAAAAUUUAAAUGAAAUUCAUAGAAUUGUAAAUAAAAGGCAAACUCAUUCUAAUGGAAAACCUUUUACUUAUUUAAUUUAAAAGUAUAUUGAAAAACCUUUUUUAUAUAACAAAAGGAAGUUUGAUAUUAGAUGCUAUUUUUUGAUAACUUAAUUAAACAAUGUAAUAAGAGCAUAUUGGUAUGAAGAAGGUUAUUUAAGAACAUCUAGUGAAGAAUUUAAUAUCAAUGAUGUGAGUAAUUAGUAUGUUCAUUUGACAAAUGAUGCAAUACAGAAAUAUAGUGAAGCUUAUGGAAAAUUUGAAAACGGAAAUAAAUUAUCUUUUGCAGAAUUUUAAAGAUAUUUAGACAAGUGGCAUAGUAAUGAACACUUGGAUUUUUAUAAAGAUUUAUAUCCAUAGUUAAAAAUGAUAACUUUAAAUGCUAUAAAAUCUGUUUAUCAUAAGAUAGAGCCAUAUAAGAAAAAUUAUAAUUUCGAAAUAUUUGGAUUAGAUUUUAUGAUUGAUGAAAAAUUUAAACCUUAUUUAAUAGAAAUAAAUACUAAUCCGUGUUUAGAACUUAGUUCUCCAUUAUUAGGUAGAAUAAUUCCAGCAAUGGUUGAAAAUGCUUUUAGGUAUUUAUAUAUUUAAUUAUUAUAAGAUUAUCAAUAGACACUUUGGUACCACCUCCAGAAUCAUCAUCAUGGCCUCCUAAUAAAAAACAUCUUCUUUUUUAUGAUAAUUUAUUAGAAAACAAUAGAUUUUAAUUAUUGUUUGAUGAAAAAGAAGAAGGUUAAGAAAUAAGAACCAUGUAUAGCAAUUAAAUUAAUGAUGAUUAAAUUGAUGAAAUGAAUGAAGAGGAAGAAGAAUAUAAAUCAGAUGACGAUUGA